AAACCAGACAAACCGGAAGUUGCUGCUCUGCUACUAAAGAUGGUAGCCAGUUAAGAAUCGAGCUAAUUAGUAGCUUUCAAGCAGGAUAUUUAUCUCAAUAUAAAACAUACAGCGCCGUAGAAAAUGACCAUUAGUCGUAACUGACGAGAUAUAGCCUACCUGCCUUUCCACGUGGAAGAAAACGGAGGACAGAGACGUGCUAAACUACGGAGUUGGCUUUUCUACAAGGAAUCUGGUGUAUGGACUUCCUGCUCUCUUCUUCUACUACAGGUCAUCUAAAGUGACAAUAUGAGUGGAGAGAAGGAAACAUUGUUGGAUGAAAUCGAACAGAGUUUACACUGUCUAACCAAGGACAAUUUACAAUACCUGUGUGAACGUUGUGGAAUAGAUGGCUCCCAAGUUAAAGGAAAGAACCAUUGUGUAUUGCAACGUAAAAUCUUGGAGGAAAUGUGGGUAAAUGCAAAUUCGGUCAAAUCGGAGGAGCAUGUAAUGUCUUGGUUACUCCAACUGAAAGAUGACAUCAGGAGGAUACAGGAAGAAUCUACUGUGGCACCCAUGAGGCCCAGCCAGUCUGAUGAUGAUACUACAGACUGCGAUGAAGAAUGGGACAUGGAAAACAAGGAUUGGUGUCUUAGCAACGGGCUGGAGGCAGCGUCAGCUCCAGAGAACCACACCACAGAGCAGAGGCAGAGGGGGGACAUGUCUCUCCCAGAGUCCCCAGGUCCUGCCUCUCCCGCUAGCACAUUACUACUGGGUUUGAAGAGGGUGUCUGUGCGGCUGGUUGACUGCAGGAAAACACUGGGGCUGAGUGGAACUACAAGAGGAGGAGGAGAAGAAGAGAAGGGAUAUGAAGAUUCAGAUUCGAUGUCAUCAAGUAGGAACAAUGGGGACAACCCUAACGGUCGCUCGCUCAGUGGGAGGGUCUUAUCAUCUGGGAAGGCUCCAGGGUUGAAAGUGAUCCAGCGACCUUACAGCUGUGAUGUAUGUGAGAAGAGUUUCACUCAAUCAGGAAACCUACGAAGACACCAAACAGUACACACAGGAGAGCGACCAUAUGUCUGUCCUAUAUGCGGAAAGAGUUUCCUUUUGUCAGGAACACUGUCAAGACACAAGAGAACACACACAGGAGAGAAACCAUACGGCUGUCCUAUAUGCGGAAAACGUUUCCGUACGUCAGGACAAUUGACUAUACACGAGCGAACACACACUGGAGAGAAACCUUAUCGCUGCGAUCAAUGUGGGAAGCGUUUUACUCAAGCUUGUUCCCUGACUGAACACAAGCGAACACACACUGGCGUGAUGUUCCACUGCUCAGACUGUGAGAAGAGCUUCCCUACAUCAGUCAAGUUGAAACGGCACCAGCAGACGCACACAGGAGAGAAACCUUAUCGCUGUGAUCAAUGUGGGAAGAGUUUUGCGAGAGGUUAUUCCCUGACUGAACACAAGCUAACACACACAGGAGAGAAACCAUAUGUCUGCGAUCAAUGUGGGAAGAGAUUUACUAACUCGGGAACACUGACUUUACAUCAGCCAACACACACUGGAGAGAAACCUCGUAGCUGUGCUAUAUACAGCUGUAAGCACUGUGAGUGGAGUUUUGCUCAUUCAGAAGACCUAGCAAGACACCACCAGAGAAAACACAUGUGGGAGGGUAUUCAUGUCUGUGAUCAAUGUGGGAAGAGUUUUGCUAGUUCUGGAGACCUGAAUAUACACAAGCGUAUACACACAGGUGAGAAACAAUAUGUCUGUGAUCAGUGUGGAAAGAGUUUUGCUAGUUCGGGAAACCUGAAUAUACACAAGCGUAUACACACCGGCGAGAAACCAUAUGUCUGUGAUCAAUGUGGGAAGAGCUUUGCCUCAUCUGGAUUCCUGACUAAACACAAGCAUAUCCACACCGGAGAGAAACCUUACAGUUGUGAACGGUGUGAGAAGAGAUGUGUUUCCAAAGGAGAGUUGAGAACGCACCAGCUUGUACACCCCAGAGAGAACUCUCUCUUCCUGUGUGAUCGAUGUGGGAAGAGCUUCACACACAUGGGAUCCCUGAAUGUACACAUGCGUAGGCACACAGGAGAGAAACCCUACCGCUGCGAUCAAUGUGGGAAGAGCUUUAUUCAGCCAGUAGAAUUGAAAAUGCACCAACGAGUGCACACUGGAGAGAAACCCUACAGCUGUGAUCUAUGCAGGAAGAGAUUCGCUCAGUCAGGACUGCUGACUGUACACAAGAGAACACACACUGGAGAGAAACGUUAUAAAUGUGAUAUAUGUGGGAAAAGAUUUGCUCAGUCAGGAAACCUGAAGAGUCAUCAGAAAACCCACACAGGCAGAGAAAGAAGUCAAACAGACAGACUGAAUCACCACCAUACCUCCAUCCUCUAAGGCAUCAGUUCUCAGGAUCCCUCUGUGGACUCUGGGUAAACAUCACAGGAUCCCUGUAUUGACUCUGGGUAAACAUAACAGGAUCCCCUGUAUUGACUCUGGGUAAACAUCACAGGAUCCCCUGUAUUGACUCUGGGUAAACAUCACAGGAUCCCCUGUAUUGACUCUGGGUAAACAUCACAGGAUCCCCUGUAUUGACUCUGGGUAAACAUCACAGGAUCCCCUGUAUUGACUCUGGGUAAACAUCACAGGAUCCCCUGUAUUGACUCUGGGUAAACAUCACAGGAUCCCCUGUAUUGACUCUGGGUAAACAUCACAGGAUCCCCUGUAUUGACUCUGGGUAAACAUCACAGGAUCCCCUGUAUUGACUCUGGGUAAACAUCACAGGAUCCCCUGUAUUGACUCUGGGUAAACAUCACAGGAUCCCCUGUAUUGACUCUGGGUAAACAUCACAGGAUCCCCUGUAUUGACUCUGGGUAAACAUCACAGGAUCCCCUGUAUUGACUCUGGGUAAACAUCACAGGAUCCCCUGUAUUGACUCUGGGUAAACAUCACAGGAUCCCCUGUAUUGACUCUGGGUAAACAUCACAGGAUCCCCUGUAUUGACUCUGGGUAAACAUCACAGGAUCCCCUGUAUUGACUCUGGGUAAACAUCACAGGAUCCCCUGUAUUGACUCUGGGUAAACAUCACAGGAUCCCCUGUAUUGACUCUGGGUAAACAUCACAGGAUCCCCUGUAUUGACUCUGGGUAAACAUCACAGGAUCCCCUGUAUUGACUCUGGGUAAACAUCACAGGAUCCCCUGUAUUGACUCUGGGUAAACAUCACAGGAUCCCCUGUAUUGACUCUGGGUAAACAUCACAGGAUCCCCUGUAUUGACUCUGGGUAAACAUCACAAGAUCCCCUGUAUUGACUCUGGGUAAACAUCACAGGAUCCCCUCUGUAGACUCUGGGUAAACAUCACAGGAUCCCCUCUGUAGACUCUGGGUAAACAUCACAGGAUCCCCUCUGUAGACUCUGGGUAAACAUCACAGGAUCCCCUCUGUAGACUCUGGGUAAACAUCACAGGAUCCCCUCUGUAGACUCUGGGUAAACAUCACAGGAUCCCCUCUGCCGACUCUGGGUAAACAUCACAGGAUCCCCUCUGCCGACUCUGGGUAAACAUCACAUGAUCCCCUGUAUUGACUCUGGGGAAACAUCACAGGAUCCCUGUAUUGACUCUGGGUAAACAUCACAGGAUCCCCUCUGCCGACUCUGGGUAAAAUAGCCCACUCUGUAUUCCAUAUACAGUGUACAUUGGAGGUGGCAGAGUAUGAAGUGCUGUUGGAUAUGUAAGACACACCAAGUCAUAUUGGUUAGUAUUUUGUUACAAUACGAAUAUCCGCAAGUGAUUUUAAUGUGCGUUUGUGCCUGACCACGUCCACCGGGAAUUCUUAUUGGUCAAUAGUGGCCAUGGUUUUUAAAUUUACCAGCCUAGAAUAUAUUGCCUUACGAGACUUUUGUCCAUAGAGGGACACCAUUAUCAAGUUUCCUGCAGAUCAGGUCAUUCGGUUGCAGAGGAGUAACGGUUGUUAAGUGUUUUUUUGUGUGUUUUUUUUCAUUCAAUUCAAAUGGCAGAAAAUCCAUCAUGGCGGCACUUCUGGUUCUGAGGCAAAUGUGUUCCUUCUGAGGAGAAGGAUAUAUAUAUAUAUAUAUAGAUAUAGAUAUAGAUAUAGAUAUAUAAAUAUAUAGAUAUAUAGAUAUAUAGAUAUAUAGAUAUAUAGAUAUAUAGAUAUAGAUAUAUAGAUAUAGAUAUAUAGAUAUAGAUAUAGAUAUAGAUAUAUAACGGCUGAACCGUGAUGCAAUAGGGGUGUGUUCCUACGCUUAGACGUUGCUGACUACUGACAGCUCUUACAACGCCUGGAUAGGUAUUUCACCUAUCAGCUAACCAACCACAUUGUUAUAGCCUGGUGAGGAGGAGGAGCUCUGUAGACUGUGUCCUGAAGUAGUUUAGCCGCGCUCUGUAGAGCUGCUAUUUUCUCAAUGAACUUGUGACAUUCCUGGAUGACUCAUUAUAUUAAUGAAGUCUGAUUCAAUCAACAAAUACGAUCAUUUGUUUUAUUAAAUUAAAAAAGGUUACGGGUCCAAGACUGUACAUAUCUGGUGGCUGUGUUGCAAAAUCACUACAUAUCCCAUCGUGCCAAGUAGGGAGAGGCUGCCCGUUGUCACAGUUCCAAGACCAGUCAGAAACGUCCAGCUAAACCCCUACGUCAAUGACGUCGGUGGAUCUUUAAACUGAUCUUAGGUCUGUGUUAAGUAGCAAAAAAAACUACAGAUGGCUCGAACCAGUCAUGACGAUUCAACAAAACAAUAAAUCUUUUUCAACUUUCUUUGUCUCUGAACUUACAAUAGCUAGCCCCAAGUCGUUAUAUAUUUAAUUUAGCUAUUUGCCUCAUGACUUCUGCAUACUUUGACUACAAACUUUCUUUACCCAACUGUGGGACAGGCUGUUUCUUCCCACACUCAGGACUGGGGCGGCAGGGUAGCCUAGUGGUUAGAGCGUUGGACUAGUAACCGGAAGGUUGCAAGUUCAAAUCUGACAAGGUACAAAUCUGUCGUUCUGCCCCUGAACAAGACAGUUAACCCACUGUUCCUAGGCCGUCAUUGAAAAUAAGAAUUUGUUCUUAACUGACUUGCCUAGUUAAAUAAAGAUAAAAUAAAAAUUAAAAAUAAAACUCUGACUCUCUAUUGGUUACACAGACUUUUGGCCUCCCAUCCUAUUCUAACCACCUCUUUCGGUAUUCAUGUUACCUGAUGAAAUUGCUGUACAAUAUGAUCUUGUUGCCAUCUGAUGCGCAUUCAGAUGUCAUAAAUCAGCACUGCAGAGCUCUCCCUGUCCUCUGCCGUGCCUUGAUUGUAUUACUGUUGAUGAUAUCUGGAAAUGUGCAUGUACAGCCUGGCCCCUCUACUGUUGCUAGCCACAAUUGGGCUCUGAUAUCUGCUUCACUGAUUUCUGCUCUCGUAAAAGCCCGGGUUAUCUGCACGUUAACACUAGAAGCCUGUUACCUACAAUGGAUAAAUUGAAAGUGUGGGUUCACAGC